CCAUUAGAGAGAGGCGGAGACGGAGUGUUCGUCGCCUUUCGUCGGUUUCCUGACGUGGUUGCUGGGGCCCUUCAUUCUCGGACUUUCCUUGGGUCCUUCGAGACCUCGCCCCAGCAGGCAGUGGAGGCAACGCCGGGUGUCGGCGAGCCAGUGCCAAGGGCUGCGACUGUGAAGGCGCUGCGGCGGCUGCGGGGAGCUCGGCGCUGCUCUAGGGUGCGGGUGGCCGGGAAGCUACGGGAUGGCUGCGGCCGGCGGCGGGGCGGCAGCGGGCCGAGCCUACUCGUUCAAGGUGGUGCUGCUGGGGGAAGGUUGCGUAGGGAAGACGUCGCUGGUACUGCGCUACUGCGAGAACAAGUUCAACGACAAACACAUCACCACUUUGCAGGCAUCAUUCUUAACAAAGAAGUUAAAUAUUGGUGGGAAGAGAGUAAACCUUGCUAUAUGGGAUACAGCAGGUCAAGAGAGAUUCCAUGCAUUGGGCCCAAUUUACUACAGAGAUUCAAAUGGAGCUAUUUUAGUUUAUGAUAUAACAGAUGAAGAUUCUUUUCAGAAGGUAAAAAACUGGGUCAAAGAAUUACGGAAAAUGUUGGGAAAUGAAAUCUGUUUAUGUAUAGUUGGUAAUAAAAUAGACUUGGAAAAGGAGAGACAUGUUUCCAUUCAAGAAGCAGAAUUGUAUGCAGAAUCUGUGGGGGCAAAACAUUAUCAUACAUCAGCCAAGCAGAACAAAGGAAUUGAGGAACUCUUUCUUGACCUUUGUAAAAGGAUGAUAGAAACAGCACAAGUGGAUGAGAGGGCAAAAGGCAAUGGCUCCAGUCAACCAGGAGCUGCGAGGCGAGGUGUGCAGAUUAUUGAUGAUGAACCUCAAGUCCAGAGCGGUGGUGGAGGGUGCUGUUCUUCUGGAUAACUCUUCACACCUAAGAAAUUAAAACAAACUGUGGAUCAUUGCCCUCAACAUGAAGACUGCCAUAUUCCAAGUCACAUUAUUUUACCAAUGGAAUUAUAGAAUUAACAGUAUUUUAAAUUACGUUUAUAACACUGCAGAGACCUUAAGUGCUAAACUUAGUGGAGUUUGUGACCAGAGAAUUGGCAUUUUCUACAAAUGUUAACAAAGCAAUUACCAAUGGCCUUUUUACAUAUUUUUUUCUUUAAUAAGGAUUAAUAUGCAUGUAGAAAAGACCUACUUAAAGGCUUCAUUUAUAUUCUUUUAAAUCAAAUCUUUAUUUAAUAACUUAUAUAUGUUGUUGGAAUGGUAUACAUUUUGCAGUCCUUUGUAUUUUGUGGUAGUUUGAAUUGUAUCACUUCUAAACAGCAAACUGUUUUUGUUUUCUUUUUUUUUUUUUAAUUAGCAGAUACCUGAAGUUCUAUUUUUGCAGGGUUUUGCACAGGCCCCUAACUGUCUACUACUUCGGUAUAAUCUAUACACAUCUUGUAUGCUGAGCUGGUAAAAUACAUUGUACAUUACAUAUUAAAUAUUUUAAUCUGCUUUUACAAGCGCAAGGUGCAAAAAUAUAUACAGUAGUCUCAUUGAUGACUGUAAAGUGAUUAACAUUUGAUGAUAAUGCCUAAGCUUUUUGACUCUGAUAUAUAAAGAUCAUAGCUCCCUUCACUUUUGUCUUAAUUUGAAAGUGGCGUGUUUAAAUUUUCACAUAUACUUUACUUGAAUUAUUGCUGUUGUCAUGUUUUUGCCUCUGUAAUUACAUCUGAUGAUUGAACAGCAGCAUCUGCCUUUUGGUUUGGGUUGGGGUUUUUUGUUUUGUUUUGGUCUGUUGAUUAUAAAAGAGGUGACUUCUGCCAAUUUUGCUUUAGAAUGGUUAUCUCAGUAGUAUUUGAGUGGAGCAUGCUGAGUUUCACUUCUUCAAUGGCUUUAGUUUCUCUCAGGCUUUACAGGAGAUGGGUUUGCUGGUGUGAGAAGAGAAGAAGUCCCAGAUAGAAAGAAGCCACUCACUAAGACUCAUUCAUGCAGCAGGUGGUGGUAGUUUACGCUCCUGAGAUGGCACUUUCAGAUCCUUUGUGAGCAAGUCAUAUUUGUUCUGUGCUUCCCAGAGAUGAACACAGAAGUUAUGUUUAAUUUUAUAAGAGCUGUUUGGAGUUUCUGUGAAGGGAAACAUUUCAUUUAAUGCAGUUGCAGCAAACACUGGAAAGAUUUGUUACAAAAAUUAUAUUCUUAUAUACUUUGUAAAUUAGUCUCAUUAGAUUUUUUUCCCUUAAGUAUAGGACUGAACUUAAAUUUGUUCAUUUUAAUAGAAUCAGGCACAGCUCACAGAAGAAACACAAAUUGUAGAAAUUAACAUAAAUUGUUCUUGUUUUAAUAUAUAUAUUUUUCCAUUUCUGUCAUGCUUGGAAAACUAGUAAAUGUAUGUCUAAGGUAAAAUGGAAUGGUCCCUGGAUUUACUUCUUAUAAGAAGCAGUAGUAUGCAAUAAAGUUGUUAGCAUGAACAGUUACGAGGAUUUAAAGAGGUUAUAGUUACUAAAGAAUUACUACCAUAUAUUAAGUUAACAACCUUAAACUUUCCCUAAUGGGUUAAAAAUGGAAUGAAUUGACACCUUAAUGUUAUGAUGUUAGAAUAUUAAAUUAGUGUAAGGGUUCUGUGAGCCCUUGGUUUACCAUUUUAAUUAUUGUCCUUGCCAAACUAAACACACUGACCUCUGUGUGUGUCUGGGAUACUGGGGUGGGAAAGUCAGGGAAAGAAGCUAAAAUUGUCCUUUAUGGGGUGACUGUACUCUGUGUAGUUUCUGGGUUUCCUGUGAAAUAAGUGCUUAUGCAGGGGGUUGGGGAAGGCGGGGGAAUCAUGAGAACGGUAGAAGAAAAUUGCUUUGGCCGCCUUUCAGAAGUAGUAAAAAAAAGCCUUGCCAUUUCCACUGUUGUAGAUGGGAAAUAAGCUCUUUUUCCAUUGGAGUAAAAUAGGUUUUCUAACAUAGAAAUGAAAUUGAGCUUUAUUCCAAAAAAUAAAGCCAUAAAACCUAAUAAUUGGAGAACUGUAUUCUGAAUUUGGACACUAAAGUCCAGAUAGGAACCUCUGUUCCAGAGUUGCCACGUAAUUAUUGGUGGGCUAUAACCACUCCUGCUGUUUUUUUCCCCCUCCUUUCUUGGUUUCUUUCUAUGUAUCUUUCUUAACCUCAAGCAUUUUAUUAAUUUUUUUAUCCUGUGAUUAAAUUCAGUAGCAACAAUAGAUAAUAUCGUAUACCUGUCUUUGCUCUGAAGACCCCCCAAAAAGUCGUUAGGUAGGAAUAGGGUGAAAUGGUAAUGAAAGACUGAUCAAUUGUAGUAUGUUUCCAAAGGAAAGAUAAAGAGAUGUUAGGCCAAGGGUGAGGAAGUUCUCCAGAUACUUCUUCAUAUCUAAUAUAUCUUUUAUGUUCCUAUCCUUGUAAUUGUGCUUUUAGGAAGAAGACACAAAGUACCUACCAUGUUAUGUCUUAAAAGUAAUAGGUAGGUAGAAACAAUGUAUUUUUCAAAUAGUAAGUGUAUAUAGUUAGUAUAUUUAAAAAUUGGUUUAGGAUAGUCAUUAAAAAUAUCUGAAUAUUAUGUUAAAAGUAUACAAUCUUUUCUGUAAUGCUAGUGGCUGUCCUGCUCCUUGUUUUGCUAUGUGAUUACAGAGGGAGAUUAUUGUUUUUAAAAAUGUAUAUUACAACAAUUUGGGGGUAAACAAUAAUCUGAAAAGAAAAAAGCAUCAUGUUAUUGGAUAAAACAAGAGUGAGUUUGUUUUGUUCUAGGGCUAUCUCCUGAAAAUACCCUAAAUUUAUGACUGUUAGAGCUAAAUUAAAAUCUUUUUUUUAUGUUAGCCAUGUAUUACUUUUUAGUGAUUACUUUUAAUUAGGCAUUAAAGUAAGAAAAAUGAAUCAUUCAUUUUUAGAUUCUUAGUAAUAAAAUAUAAAAUUUGGGAACUAGGGAAGCGAUAGUGAAGAGUACAAUGGAAAUUAAGUAGAUAUGAAACUGUAACCCAACAAUUUUAAAAAUAAUUUUGAAGAAUAUGUUACUUUUAUCACAUAAUUCCUAAUUAAGGCGAGGUAUGCACCAUGCCAAACUAUUCGGAGAUUUAAAAAAAUGAAUUGUGAUGCUAAUUAUUUUUUUUAAUACAUAGUUUGUGAUUUUCUGUGUUGUAAAUGCUACAAAGGUUCUAGAUCAUUGAUCUCACGCCAGAUAAUAUCAUUUUCCCAUACUUGCCACUUGUUUCUAGACGUGGUUUGACACAUGCCUCUAACGUUUCAAAUUUAUCUUUUAACUUGUUUGCCAUUACAAUUUUCAUAGGUCCUUUAUAGAUACAAUGUGACAAACCAUUACAGUUUUCAUAGGUCCUUUAUAGAUACAAUGUGACAAAGAAGAAAUACGUAAUUGGAGACCGUUUAAAAUAUUGGGGUCUUCUACGCAAGCGUGUGUAGAUAGUAUUGACCAGCCGUAGCCUUACAAUAAUGUUUAAAGAUAUAUAGACUGAAUGAAUCCUCCGGUAUUCUUUUCUAAAUGACAAAAUGCAUUACCUAGGUUUUAAUAACUAAAAGCUGAAAUUCAUUGAACAUAUACAUUUACUUGAUUUUAUAAUAGGCAUUGAUUCUAGUAUGUUGCUGUUCUGUAGUUUUUAAUAAACUACAGAGUAAUAUAUUUAGUGGUGUUCGCCAAAACUCAUGCUACACAUAGAUCUUCCUUUGAUAGCUUUUCCCUUUUCAAGAAAAUAUAAAUACUCCUAAGAGUUUUUAAUAUCAAGCAAAAAUGCUUCACUUCUAAACAAGUAUCACGUUAUCUGGGAUUUAUAUAUUAUCUCUUUUCUGAAAAGCUGGGUGUACUUUUGAGUGUUAACUUUUCUACUGCAACAUUUUCUCUGGUAGAUAAAAGAGUGUCACAAGUUACUAUUAUAUUGUAAACCCAGUAAGACAGCCUCUGGCCCUCCUCAGAAGCCUGCACAUGUGUCCAAAUACAUCACAUUAAAGCCAAAAGAUGGGCUUGCCUACUUACAUGAACUGGAUUCCCACUGUAUCGGCUCCUACCUUUAUAUUGAUACUUCCUGGCAUCUGUGUCAUCUCUUCAUUAUCAAAUACUCAAGAAAAAGCUAGUAUGAUUUCCUUAAAUUUGACUUUUUGUGGAGCAAUGAGAAAAACUUAGGGAUACCAGGAAUGAAGUAUAAUAAUGUUGAAAAAUAGACAACAGUGGUAUUUGCUAAACUGUAUUUGGUAGCAAGCUAUUUUAAGGAAACCAUUAUAUGUAACAUCUUGGAACUGUAAAGUUCUUCAUUUUGUAUUUAAUUAUCUGAGUAAGAAUAUAUUCUAGGAAAAGGAAUAAAAAUAUAGGUAUGGUAAAAAUGCCCUUGAGGACCCCCUCCCAAGUGGUAACUCUUGGGCUCUAAUAUAUACUCUUCAAUUACCUUUUUGCUAUGCAUUUAUAUACAUUUUUAGAAAGUCAUAGUAUCGUGGGUUUUAAAUUUUUACAUGAAUUAUUCUUACUAUCUAUAUGUUUUGCAACUUUUGCUUUUUUCUCAUACCAACCUACUAGGAGCUCUUACGUCAGACUUUGUUUUCUGCCACAUCUCUGGGCAUGUUUUGCCUUUUUGAAUAACCUCUGUCUAUAAAACCUCGCUUAAGAUAUCUGGUCAGUUUGGUAGACUUCAUUAGAAUCAUAAAAUUUUAAGGCAAACCAGUGCUUGGUUAGAAUCAGAAUCUCCCUAAGUGUGUGAAUCAGGAAAUUAAAAAGCUUUCUGCUUACAAUUCAUUUGAAGUACAUGACUUUCGGGCUACCGUUGACUGAUUAAUAUAUAAAAUUCAGGAGUUAACUUGAACAGGUGCUUUAUUUAAAAUAGGUUUUCAUUUGAAGGAAAAAGGGGGGGAAGGACAUUAUCGUUGACAGAGGGAAGGUACAGUAUAAACUAAAACAAGUCUUCAACUUGGAGUAGUUAAGUCAUGCAAGGCUUCAUGCUACCCAAAAUUUAAAUAGCCGUUUUAUUUGUACCUUUAAUAUAGAGUAAAAAGUGAAAGUUCCUUUUCAGCCCUUCCCCACCAUCCCACAUCUCUCUUUAGAGGUAACCAUUGUUAACAGUUAAGGUGUGUUUGUGUAUCUCUAUUACAUAAAAAUGUUCUUGUUUGUGUCUGAUGUUUGUGUUUCACUCCCUGAAAGCCAAUUUCUACCCUAUGUCAAAUUCCAUCCUCAAUCAACUGACCACCUUAUCAAGAACAAACCAGAAUCCCACUUUAAAGAAAGUAAAAUUAGUGGUGACAGUUCAAGAACUAGAAGUUAACCGACUCUCAAGAUGUUUUAUAUUCAUCAUGAAUUAAUCUUAAGGAGUAACACGUUCUGGGAAAGUCAAACCGUUACUGGCUGCUGUCCCUUGUGGGUAAAGGGCUGAGAACAAGUCAAGCUUCCUAAUGCCCAUGCAGUUUUUGGGUUGGGCUUGUUCUCUUGGCAUCCUUUCUUACUGGGGGACGUUGCCGUAUCCCCAGCAUUUACUUCAGGUAUUUCUUUGCACUGUCAAGGCAGUACCUUAGCAUGUUAGUGUCAUGACAGAAAGUUUAACUGUUCUCUAAAACAACAAACUCAUUCAUAUCUGACUUUUAAUGAAAACAGCAAUUGCACAACUCCAUGAUUUUGUUAAUAAUUUCUGGGUGGUCUUUCUGAAAACUUAAAAACACAUUCUGGUUUUCAUGCCUGUUCUUCCAGUUUCACUCAUCCAGUUCCUGCUGUGUGCCCAGUGCCCUUCAUAGUUAGAGUUUAAAAUUGGAAAGCCAUUGCCCAGAGUCCAAGAUUUGAGAAGUUUUAUCUGUGGAUAUGAGGUCAACUAAUCACACAUGUUCAUAUUCUGUAUUUGAUCAGAUACAUACCAGCGAAACUUGGGGUGAUUAGGAUGACAGUAGUUGAGGUUGAUAAUGAAAGUCGAGGUAAAGCUGGACAGGUGAUUUUGAGCCUUGCAAAUAAUUUUCAAGACAGACGAAGAUACAAUAACUUGUUUUCUAGCUUCAAGGGGGCAAUUAAGUGAUCCUCAAGCCCAAAUUGCUUUUCCAGAUUUUGUGAUAACAGUGAAGAAACAGAUGCUUUGUGGUUAGACAGCUGAUCUUUUUUUAACCUAGAAAAAAAUGUCUUUGAAAAAGCAGUUGUAUAGUUUUCCAUGCCUUUGACAGAUGUUUCUUUGCAUUGUCACUAGACAGUAACCCAAGAAACAAUUCAUUACUGUUGGGAAGAGUGUAACAGUGUAAUUGGUGACUUUCUAAAUAUACUUUCCAAUUUGGGAGUUUGGGGUCCUCUCUUUCCCACCUGAAAUUGGAGAUGUGCCAGAAAGAUAGCUUAAUGAAUAUCUGAGUCUUGUGCUAAUUCUUCCAGUAUGGCUUAAGGAUAUCUUUUUAAUUGCUGCAUAUUAGUAUAGGUAACGCCAUCUAGAUCCCUUCUUGGCCUUUUAGGGGAGAAAAUAGAGUGAAAUCACUGUUGUUUUUUUUUUUAAAGUAUUCCAUGAGGUGUAGUCACUAAGAAGUAGCUUUUAUUUAUCUAUUAAUUCAUCUGCACUAAUUCAUAAAAGGUGAAUAAUUUUAAUGAUCUAGUGACCGUUCUUCAAAAUGUAAAAGCCUUGUAAGAGAAAAACAACACAGCAAGAGCAAGAUGCUUUGAAAAUUUUUGGCUGUGUCCGGGGUGACAAAACUAUUAUUAUACUCUUGUCCAAAAGCUAUAUACAAUAUAAGCUCCCUGCCCCUGGGGAAUUCCAGACGGAUGCAUCUAAACCUUAAAAUGUUCCUUAACUGAAGAAGUGCCAUGAGUAGUUUCUCCCAUCAAAGAUUUUCAGGCCACCAGGAAAGGCACAAGAAAACUCACAGAUGAAGGACAUAAUUUUGGUUGAACUUGAAUGAAGAUGGUCAGACACGGCAUUUAAUUUACUGAGUACUUCUCUUUGAUAUGUUGUCUUCAGUGACAUUUGAUAAUUCUGAUUUCUCAACAUUUGGUUCACUGCUUUCCCAGAACUAUAGCACUGCUGUCUCUUUUGAUCAAAAAUUUAAAAAAAUUACUAACAUGAUAUAGAAUUAUUUGUCAGGUAGUCACUGUGUGCCAUAAAA